AUGAUGAAUUUACGAGGACUUUUCCAGGACUUCAACCCCAGUAAGUUCCUGAUCUACUGCUGCCUGCUGCUGUUCUCCGUGCUGCUGGCUCUCCGCUUGGAUGGCCUCCUUCAGUGGAGUUACUGGGCCGUGUUCGCUCCCAUCUGGCUCUGGAAGCUCAUGGUGGUCAUCGGAGCGUCCGUGGGCACCGGAGUGUGGGCGCACAACCCCCAGUACAGGGCAGAGGGGGAGACGUGUGUGGAGUUUAAGGCCAUGCUGAUAGCCCUGGGUCUGCACGUGCUGCUGCUGGUGUUUGAGGUGCUGGUGUGUGACCGUGUGGCUCGAGGGUCGUACUUCUGGUUGUUGGUGUUUAUGCCGCUGUUCUUCGUGUCGCCGGUGUCUGUGGCGGCGUGUGUCUGGGGCUUCAGGCACGACCGCUCCCUGGAGCUGGAGGUCCUCUGCUCCGUGAACAUCCUUCAGUUCAUCUUCAUCGCUCUGAGACUGGACAGAAUCAUCAACUGGCCCUGGCUGGUGGUCUGUGUCCCCCUGUGGAUCCUCAUGUCCUUCCUGUGCCUGGUGGUUCUGUACUACAUCAUCUGGUCCGUGCUGUUCCUCCGCUCCAUCGACAUCAUCGCCGAGCAGCGCCGCACCCACAUCACCAUGGCGAUCAGCUGGAUGACUAUCGUGGUUCCACUGCUCACCUUUGAGGUUCGGAGGCUGUAG